AUGUCUGUGGUGAUUCACGGUCCCGGCGCGUCCUUCUUUGUGGGCACGGAGUUAAUCGCCGCUGGCGGGCGCGCGCGUGCAGACGGCGCGAGGGGAAGCGCGGGGGCACACGGCGACCGCGGGGCCCCUGGCGGAUCAAGGCGGGGAGUUGAGAGCGCGCAGGUGGAUGGUGCAGACAGCGGAGAGGAUAAUCACAGUAACGGGUAUGACGACAGCGAGUAUGACAGCAGUGAAAUGGAGCAGGAGGAAGAGGGGGCGAGGAGGAGGAGAGGGAGGAGGAGAAUAGAAGUGUUGAUGGAUCGGUGCAGAGGCGGGGUGGAUGCCGUGGUGCGGUGGGGACGCAGCAGGCGACAGCACCUGAGAGGCACGAGAGGGUUGGCUCGUGGUGGUGCUGGCACGUCAGCAGCAAGAGGUGGGGGUACUUCUGACUCUGGCGAUGCUGAUACUGAGAGUGAAUAUGACGAGCGUAAUUCGGAGGAUAGGGAAAGGGGCUGGGCGCCUUAUGACGAGUGUGACGAAAACGAGGGGUAUUGUAUGGAAUGCCGGAGGAGCGCUGAUGGGGAGCAAGGAGCAGAGGCGGGGAACAGGCAGCACGGAUGCGCACAUGGGAGUGUGGGGGGGAAUGGGGACGGGGCUGAGCAGGAGGAGGGAGGGGAGAGCGAUAGCAGCGCUGUGAGCUGCAGCAGCGGGUACAGCCGGAGCAGUGGUGGGGAGAGCAAGGCGAGUGCAGACAACGAUGGUGAUGGUGCCGAGGCUGCGCUGCUCGACUUCCAAUUCGCUCCACUGAGGGAGGCAUCAGGGCAGGCGGAGGGAGACAUGUGGGUGGAGGCGGUGCACGUGGUGCUGCCCCCUCCGCCUGCCAGUGCGAGGGGCGGGUGGGAGGGAGUGGACGUGGCGGGCAUGGAGGCGAUAUUCGACCCGCGGUGUGUGAAGUGGUUCCAGCGUGUGAAGCGCCUGUUCAUCGCGCUGCUGCUGCUUGGCUCCAUCUUCUACAUCGUCUCCUUCAUCGCGGGAGUGAUGGCGAACCGAGGCAAGAGCGUGGAGGUGGUGCCGGUGGACACGGGUGCGGCGGGGCAGGGGCAGGCGGCGGCGGGGGGGGGCACGGGGGGGCUGGACACCAACUUUGACUAUGUGUCGCACGCCAUGCUCACCUCCUCCAACAUCUGGGUCGCCAUGGCCUACCUGGUGCUGUACCUCUCACUGGACAUGAUCGGCUUUGCAGGAGCCAUCCUCGAGAAUGUGAGUCUGUUGACGCUGUACAUAGUGGUGGAGCUGAUCAUCACCUUCAUCUCUGCCCUCGAGGCGCUGCGCCCCUUCCUGCUCUUCCGCCUCCUCGUCAUCCUCCUCGCCCUGCGCCUGCGCUACUGCGCCCUCAAGGUGGAGGAUGCGGAGAGGCGUCUCUUCUCGCGCCUCAUGGGCCGCCCCAUGCCUCCCCCCAACAGACGCACCUGGCUCGCUCACCGUCCCGCUUCUGCCACGUCCUCACGCGCCUCCUCUCACACGCAUGGCCGCUCACAUCCCUCCCCCACCUCUCCCCUCCUUCCCCCCCCUCCCCUUUCCCCCUUCCACCAGCGUCUGGGCAUAUUCCCGGGCACGCUGUCAGCCAUGUUCCGCCACGCGCCACUGAGCCGCUUCCAGCUGCGCGGGCGGCCGUGGUAUGCUGAGCUGGUGCGCCUGCACGCCCUGCGCCUGCAGCACCUGCAGCAGCAGCAGCAGCUGGCUCAGGCGCAGGCCCAGGCUCAGGCGCAGCAGCGGCAGCUGCAGCGGGAGCGGCGACGGCGGCAAGAGAUGCGAUCGCAGCGACGACACCAGCGGCAGCAGCGGCAGGAGUGGCAGGAGCAGGCAGCAGAGCAGAGGCAGCAGGAUGGGCAGGUGGAUGUGAGAGGUGGUGGUGUGGAGGAGCGAGUGGAGAGGGGAGGGGCUGUGGAGGCGCAGGAGGGGAGGCAGCAACAGCAGGUGGCGGUGGUGAUGGAAAGCAGUGUUGCUGGACAGCAGGUUGCUGGGGAGCAGACGGAUAGAGGUGCUCCCGUGGUCCCCCACCCCCACUCCCAUCACCAUCACCACCCCCACCAUCACCAUCACCAUCACUGCCAUGAGCAUGAGAUGCAACAGCAGCAGCACGCACAUGGUGAGCAGCAGCAUCACCACCACCACUGCCACCACCACCAUAUCCAGCAGCAUCCCAACUUGCUCUCCUCCCAAGCCAAUGUGGAGCAGCAGAGGCAGGGCGUGGGGGAGGCAGCAAGGGUUGAUGAUGUAGGCGUUGAGGUGCGUGGGCAGGAACAGGAACAGGUGGCGCAGCAGCAGCAGCAGCAGCAGCAGCAGCAGCUGCAGCUGCAGCAAGAGGAGGAUGUGAAGGAGGGUGCAUUGGAGGCAAUAGGCGGGUCAACAAGUGACCCGGGCAGUGCUGACAGCAGCCGCACUCCCUGCCCUCAUGCUGCUGCUGUUGCUGCUUGCAAUGCUCCUGUGCCGCUACUGCCAACAGCAGGCCUGCGCACAGGCACAGCAGGCGUGGUGGCGGUGGAAGCAGACGAGACUCCCCUGGGCAGCCCAGGCGCGUCUGACCACUUCAGCAUUGACAUCACUGACACGCCCCUCACGCCUCACACCCAGGUUGAACCAGAGCAAGCAGCAGAGGCAGCAGAGGAGGAACGGGAGAGUGAUGCCGCCCUGGCAGCACAGCUGCUGCUGCCGCCCCCCUUCCCCCUUGUGCCUCACCUCCCCGUCCCCCGUACUCCCUCCUCGUCCCUCCCGCCCUCGCGCUCUGUCUCCCUCACCCACCAACAGCAAUCCACUGAUGCAGACCUGCCCGCCUCUCCCUCUGCUGCUAUGCUCCCUCCUGCCACCUCCGUCACCCUCAUGUCCUCACCCCUUCCAUCUCUCCCCUCUACUUCCGCUUAA